CCUCUGUAUUGAGAACAGUACACUGGGAGCUUUACUAAAAGACGUAGAUGUUUCUAACUUGGUUUUAUUGUGGGGUGUGAAUUUAGAGUUGAACUCUGUCUCUAUGGGUGUGACUUUUCUUUACAGCUCUCACGGUGUCAGUGAUCGCUCCAGUGAAGACAACAUAAAAGGUAUUAUUUUCACUGCAUAGUGCAUUAUUCAUCUCGGUAUAUUCCCUUGUGAGUUAAAACUUACUUCAUUUUUAUUUAGAACAUUCUUCCUGUUAUUUUCUGGAAGAGACGGCCAGCAGUGUGAGGAGACGUCAAAGAAGUUAAGAGGUUAACCGGGCACAAAAGCUGAAAUCUUUCAGUGAACCAGGCCUCGAGUUUUCAGUGAAGGAUGUCAUCCUGGCGGCGCAACACACUUCAAUGCCUCGCCAUGAAGAAUCAUGGAAGUCGAACCCUGAACGGAUCUUAUCACCAGUUUUCUUUCGUCAAGGCCAUAGUGCUUCUCACUGAUGAUUAAAAAUGAGGCGCUCAAGAACUCAGCCAAUUGCUGAAAUUGAGAAAUGGACAGAGAAAGACGUCCAUCGGUGGCUGAUGACAGAGGUCAAAGUACACAAGACAUGUGCAAACAGGUUUGUUGAAGAAGAAGUGUCAGGAGACUCUUUAGUUGCCUUUACAAAGACAGAUAUAUUGGACUUGGGAAUAAAACAUGGUCCUGCUGUCAAAAUAAUAUCUUAUCUUGAAAGUCUAAGAGAUGGUUUACAACGUGAUCAGUUCCCAGCUUAUGUGGAAAAUUGGACGAAGGAGCAAGUGCACCAGUGGUUACUGCAGCAUGUGAAUGUUUACAGCAAAUAUGCUAUACGGCUCCAAGAAGAAGAUGUGUCUGGAGAUUGUCUAGUUUGUUUCAAGAAGCAAGAUCUUCUAGACCUGGAAGUCAAAAGUGGCCCUGCUGUUAAGAUUCUGUCAAAUCUAAGUCAACUGAGCAAAGACCAAGAGCCGACUCUGCAACCCAUCCUUCAUAAUGAACAAAAAGAAGCUCCAAACCCCAUUCAACCAGAAGUCAGUGUGGCUCAGAUGGUAGUAUCGGAUCCAGCAGAACCAUUCAACACAACUGAAGUGCAAACUGACAAAAUGGUGGGAAAGAAGUCUGGAAAGGCUCAACAGCAAUUCAAGAAAGCUUCAGAGGAGAAGAAGAUUGAUGAGCCAAAGCCACAGAACUUCAACGCCAGAAAGAAAGAAACCAUGGUGACCUCAGUCCUUCCAGGAGUACCCAAUAUAACUGUGGUGAUCCAGCAAACCCUGGAUAACCUUAUAAAAGAAGACUUUAAAAAGUUUCAUUUCCACCUAAAACAAUACAAAACAUCCCAGUUUGAACCUAUUCGUGAGCGUAAACUGGAGGGCAAGGACACCAUGGACACUGCUAAAUUAAUGACUGACCACUAUGAGAGCAAUGGGGCUUUGAGAGUCACAGUAGAUGUUCUACGACAUAUCAGUCAAUGUAAACUUGCUAAUCAGCUUGAAAACACCAUGGGUGGACUGGAGCAGCAUCUUCUUUCGAGAGAUAAGAAGAAAGAAGCUAACCAGGGUGAAAAAUUGAAGAACUUGUUGACUUGUGGUGGAAACUCAUUGGACAACUACGACAACAUGAUUAUUGUUGUAAACAAGAGCAGUCCAGAGCAAGUGCAGUAUCUCAAGUUUCUAAAUAAACUGAAACUUUUCUGUGUGUUAGACUUUGACCCAAACUCCAAUACUCAGGUUGGACUGUGCCAUUCCUACAGAGAGUCAAGGUGGGCCAAUCUUCAUACCCCCUCACAGUAUCAAGGACAGGUUGACUCAGUCAUAAAGAACCUUAACCUCUACAAACAGACCAGCUGGGUCUUUUGCAAGACAUGACCUUGACAGUGACUCAAACAAGGAGUUAAACUAUUGGAACUGGCUGAGGAAAUCUUGCAGCGAUGUCGAGCAACUGGUUUCAUUCAUUUGCAACCCUGAAGUUCUUCCCCAUGGAAGAAGUCUCAUCAUGUUCCUCCUUCUUUCACCUGUCGACUCAGAGAAAGACCCCAUCUGUGACACCUACAAGGCUUUCAUGAAGAAUAUCGAAGAAGAAAUGAUCAUUCAUAUUUGUGAAUCUCAGAGCACAUAUGAGAAAUGGAAGGAACUGAUACAAGAAAAGUUGGACUUUGACAUUGACCAACAAUCAGUAUAUGAGCUGAGCCUCAGUGAGGUCAAUGGAACAGUACUGGCUCUCAGACCAUUCAGUGAGUCAUCUGAAAGGCUGCUUCCAUCCUCUGACUCCAGCUUUGUCGUUCUAAAAAAUAAGGAGGAAGACUUAUUGACAGCUUUGGACAUUUUGUGUCUGAACUAGUGUGAAAAUAUCUAUGACGAUAACAGUCCGGAGUUUAAUGACAAAAGAACAAAAGUUGAGGAGGAAUUCUACAGGGGAGGCAAAGUCAAAUGGUGGAACUUCUUCUUCUGUGACAAAGACAAACAGAGAUCAUUUAUCAAGAGAGACAAGUAUGAAAAUGUGAAAAAGAUGAUCAGGAGUGAGUUGAGAGAGUCAAAAGACAUGUGUGUUCUGCUCAAUCUGUUUCACAAUCCAGGCUGUGGUGGAACCACUUUAGCAAUGCAUGUCAUGUGGGAUCUCCGUAAGGAGAUUAGAUGUGCUGUGCUGAAAGACAAUUCACUGCCAAUGACAGAAGUUGCUGUCCAAGUUGUCAAACUCAUGAAGCUGGAAAACGAGAAACCAUGUCCAGUUUUGCUGUUAGUUGACGACUCAAAGGAAACAGAGAAUCCUUACAAACUUUGUAACUGCAUCCCUCAAACUGUAGAGUCUCACUCUAACAUAAAUGUGGAUAAGGCACAAAGUUGUAAAGUCAUCAUCCUUAACUGUGUUCGUUCCCAAAAUCCAAAAGAUUCAUACAGACGGCACAAACCAAGUCAGUACAUAACUGCCAAAUUGUCACCAGAAGAACAGAAUGAGUUUGAAAAAAAACUCAAAGAGUUGAGAGAAACGCAUGAUACACCUGAAAACUUUUACAGUUUCAUGAUCAUGAAGAGCAAUUUUGACAAAAAAUACAUUGCCGAUCUUGCUCGUAACACUCUGGAGAACUUUGAUUUCAGCUCAAAGAAUGCCCAACUUUUUUCCUUCUUAGCAUUACUUAACACCUAUGUGGCAGAAUCAGAAAUCUCUCGCUCUCUCUGUGAAGAUUUUCUUGGUAUGAAAAGGAUUCGCUGGCAAGAGGAAAGUGCACUGGACAGAAUGGAGCCUUUCUCAAACCUUCUCAUCAUUGACAGAGUUGAAGAAUGGGGAGGAUAUGAAGGAAUCCGAAUCCUUCACAACUCCAUAGCAUCUGCAUGCCUAGAGGAGUUUGAGAGAAGCCACUCUUUAAAAGUGAGUGAUAUCACUAUAGAGAUUCUACAUUGUGAUCUGUUCUUCAGCAUUGGGGUUGUCAAAAAUAGAUUCAUGGACUCAAUUCAACAAAUGUUGAUUGCAAGGCAGCAAAGGAAGGAUGGUUUUUUCAGAGAACCAUUUUCUCCUCUGAUCGACAAAAUUCACAGUGAGCAAGGGAGACAAACUGUUCAACAGAUCUUUGUGAAAGCAUCAACAAGGUUCGAGAAAAGUUUAUCUAUUCCUCAGGCACUGGCCAGGUAUUUGUACAUCAAAGAGCAUGACUUCCCAGAAGCUCUGAUAUGGGCUGAAAAGGCCAAGAACAUUAAAGCAAACCCGUACACGUUUGACACAAUAGGGCAGAUUCACAAAAGCAACUUAAAAUCAAACAACGAUAGGGGAAAACAGGAGACUUCUUGCAUUCCAGAGGAAUUAAACACAAACAUUAAAAUAGCAAGCAAUGCUAUCACAGCAUUCAAAAAGGCUCAAGAGCUGGCAAACUCAGAGGAGGAACCUGAGGAGGAACCUGAGGAGGAACCUGAGGAGGAGGCUGUUGAUGAGUCGGAUGACUUUCCACGAAAGUCAUAUCAUGUUCAGGGCUACGUUGGUGUUCUGGAAAUUGCAUUCCUGGUCUUUGAGAUAUUGAGCAGAUUGCCAUUCUUUGAUCAAAGUGAUCCAAUGAAGAAGAUGUACUUCCAGAGCUUCCUUAAAAAAGCAAUCCCAAUCACCAGUGUGUAUAAGGAGGACAACGAGAGAAAUAACACCUAUGAGGAGAUCAUCAAAGAACACGAAUGUUUUCUUCAAAAUUUGAAAACUGAGGUAAAAGAAACUUUUGAACUUCUUAACUCUUUCUUCACAUAUAUGAAGGGACGCUACCCAGAAUUCCAAAAAAAGAUUUCUUCUCUUUUUAAACACCAUGUUAGUCUCUUCUGCAGCACACCAGAGGAAAUGAAAAAAGAACAACAAAACAACCCUAAUCUGAACUUGAAAAUCAAUAUUGAGGAACAAAGAUUGUUUCUUGAGAAGAGCCAAGCAGACACAUUUGCAGGGAUUCUUCAGCAUUUGGACAAACCUGCAGAGGAGAUCGAGAGGAUCACAGAAUGCUAUGCAUAUUUGCAACAACAACAUCACCAAUUAACCAACAAAAAGCAAAAGACAAAGGAAACAAUCAAUUGCAUUCUGUCAAACAUAGUUCUUUACCUUUUGAAACCAAACUCUAAACAUGUAAAGGGUAUCGCCUUCCUCUCAGACCUACUUUCAAAAACUUUGCAAGAUGUAGGACUUAGAUAUCCCUUCCCCGACCCAUACUACCUGGCUCUGCUGUUGUUCUGGCCAAGGACAACUGAGGAAGAUACGGAAAUUGCAACUUAUGUUACAGCAAUUCGGAACUCAACCCGCAAAUACCUGACUCCUUUGUUUCAAAAAAGGAGCACAGUUGCUCAUCUCUACUUGGGAAAAGAAGAAGGACUCAAGAGGCUUGUUUCUAAACCCCAACUCGAUGAGAACUUCAAGAGGGAAGGCCGUGAAACCUUGGCACAACGCUGGCGGAAUGGCGACAUUUUUAAAGACAAAACAAUUAUCAACCGUCUUCAGCGAGUCAGAGGAAGCAUCGAGCAGGGGGAGGUGUUUGCCAAUUAUGGAAAACUGAAAAUCCCUGUGCGCCCAGCUCUCGUUCAUCGUGUUAGUGGUGGUUUCAGUACAGAAAAGGUUUCUUUCUACCUUGGUUUUGCAAUCAAGGGACCUCUUGCUUACGAUAUCCAGUAUGAAAACUAGGGUGGUAAAUGUACAAACAUGUGCUGCACAAGCACAAGCACAAGCACUGCAACUGGAACCACUUGAAAAACAGGUGAUGAACUGUGUUGGAGUCUGACACAGACUACAUAAAUAGACAAAUGACAAUCAAAUGGUAAAAGCCAGUCCUGUAAUGCAGUUCUAAGUAUGUCUGAAUGAUUUUGAUUUUACAAACCAACCAAGUUGUUUUGUACGUAAGUGAAAUAUAUUUUUAAGUGACUUAAUAUUUUAUGAAUGUUAGAGGUACAUUUUCUGAUGAACUUUUGUUGUUUUAGUUAUUGUUAUUGUCUGUCUGAGAUGGGGCUAAUUCCCCAAACUGAUUUCUAUUUGUUUAUUGACGUGACCCUGAGUCAUAUUUCUGUAUUAAUAAUCUUUUAAUGAAAUGUGCAGCCCUGUCUCCUCCCCAGCAGUGUGUCUGUCAGUGGGUGUGUGUUUAGGUGGAUCAGAUGGUGAUGCAGAGGCUGCUGCUGAAUGGAGGGAGGAAAGGAGAUUUUCCGCAAACGGAUUGGUCGAACUAGCUUUAAAACUACGCUGCUGCAGUCUGUGCUUCUCUUGCCACCAAAGCCAGCCGGUUUACAGAAUCUUUUUGUAUUGUGUCGGCCAGAACUUGUUUUCAGUUGUUGUGUACUUGGAGGAUUGUUUGUUUGUGUUAGAUCAAAUCGUGUAUUGUUGAUACAAGUGUAAACUGUAAAUAUGUAUGCACCACACAGCAGUGAUGAGAAGGGAGACCCUAUUGUUUUGUUCACUAUUUUUUCUCCUGUUUUUAUGUUAGUGGAAUAGGCAAGAGAUUUGUCAUUUUGUUUACUUUCUUUUCAUGUUAGGAAAGACGAGGGUGUUGCUAAUCUUUUUGAUUUUUGUUUUUGGACCAUUCUCUGCCCUAAAAAUGAAUAAAACUGCUGUGUUCAAUCUGAA